AGUUUUUGUCACUCAAUACAACUAAUAUCAGAUUUCGUUUCUUAUUUUGAUAUCCGGCAUUAUGAAUGAUCCUGGAGAUUGUACGAAUUUAGACAUAAUGCACCCUGAGUUACUAACUCAGGAGCAAAUUGUAGCUGUUCUUACAAAGCGGCAAAUAAAACUUGAAUCUGAAGAUAAAGCGGUCUUGUUAGAAUUAUUUAAAGCUCACAUUUUACCCCAACCGCAACGACAAUAUAGAGAAAAUAGAAGAGGGAAAAAAAAUAUCAAUAAGAGAAAGAGCCAGCAGGCAGAUGAAAAUGAAUUCUCUGUCAAAAAGGCUAAAUUAUCAAGUAAAGAAUCACCAAGGCUAUUUGUUCCAUUCACACCUGAAAGUCAAAAAUGUAUUCCGCCCUCUCAAAUAAAUAAGGACAGAAAAGUAAUACAACUCAGUAGUCCAGGAAAAUCAAGCAAACGACAGAAAAUGGGAUUAAUAGAAGUGUCCAAAGUUCGUAUGUUUUCGGGAUGGCAAAAGGUCUUUAGCCAUGAAAGUUCAGUCCUUAAGUGUAAGAUGAACUUUGGAAUUUACCUCCCACAAACAUCGGAAACCAAAAAAGUUCCAGUUAUUUAUUGGCUGUCUGGUUUAACUUGCACUGAGCAAAAUUUCGUUACAAAAGCAGGGGCUCAGAAAUAUGCCAAUGAAGAGGGUAUUGCAAUAGUCGCACCCGACACCAGUCCUCGAGGAUGUAAUAUCGAAGGAGAAGAAGAGUCGUGGGAUUUUGGAACCGGAGCCGGUUUCUAUGUUGAUGCAACUGAAGAAAAAUGGAGAAAUAAUUAUAGGAUGUACUCUUACAUAACUGAAGAACUACCAAAAAUUAUUGGUGGAAACUUCCCUGUUGACACUAGUAAUGCUUCUAUUAUGGGUCACAGUAUGGGCGGACAUGGGGCUUUAACAAUAUUUUUCAAAAACGCUGAUAAGUUUAAGAGCGUUUCCGCCUUUGCUCCUAUUUGUAAUCCGAUUGAAUGUCCAUGGGGUCAAAAAGCUUUUAACGGGUACUUGGGACAAAACAAGGAAACUUGGAAGAACUACGAUGCUUGUGAAAUGGCUAAGAACUUUAAUGGUUCUCUAAAAAUACCAAUUUUAGUUGAUCAAGGAAAAGCAGAUUCUUUUCUUCUCCAAAAACAGCUUCUUCCUGAAAAUUUGGAGAAAGUUUGUUCCGAUAAAAAUCUACCAGUGACUAUUAGAAUGCAAAAUGAAUACGAUCAUAGUUAUUUCUUUAUUGCAACAUUCAUUGAAGAUCAUAUUAAGCAUCAUUCUCAAGUCUUAAAUGGAAAACUAUAA